CUCGGCCCGCGCGUAUCCGACGAAAAUCAUUCCUUCGCCGUUCGAUCGCCGGCGAAGAGCCAUACCGUGUAAAUAUUGUCUAACAGUAAUAAUAAUUUAUUAAACAUCGCUACGUGCCAAUAUAACAUAUUGUUAUCCCGUCAUGGAUGUUUCUAUCGGAACCGACGACCACGGUUCAAAUCCUCGGCUCGAGCGUUCAUAAUAAAUACAAUAAUAAUAAUAUUAUCUUACUGCGUGCUAUAAGAGAUCGUUUUUUUUUUUUUUUGCUUUGAAGAAUUUUUUAAGUUUUUCGUGUGAUGACUGCUUGUCGUACCUGUUAGAAAUCCCGUCAUAUACGAUACUACUGAACAGGCACAAAUAUUGAGACUGCUGUGCAACCGGCGGAAACGCGUGGUGUGUAAUAUGAUAAAUGGAGAACGGAUCUCAUUCUACUUUCAAACUAAAUAUAAUCUCCCAAUCAACAAAUCAAAGCUGCCGAAGACCAUUGACUCUGUUUUCCUUCAUUACGGCCACGGCCAGAGAUGGUUCCCAAGUUACGGAAAAACGUCUGCAAGAUGUUUCCGAAGUAUUAAAAGACAAUUUGAACAAAGGGACUGCGUUGAAAUGCAAGGAGAAAAAUGUUGUAUAUCCCAUCAUUCAUUUUACCGAGGAUCGAAGUUCGUUGAUGUCGGUGCUACAAGAUCAGAACGAAGUAAACGAGCAUUUCAAAUUACAUCAAGGCGUUUAUCGAGAAAUCAAAAGUAUCGAGUGUGAGGAUGGAAACGGACCGUUCGUAACGACUUCAACUAGCAUCUCUUACAUAGUAUCCGGAUUUAAACUUCUCGAUACCAGUCUAGUGGAGGUAAUGAUUGAAUCAUGGAAGGAUUGGACAGGCGCUAGGCAUAUAUAUCUCCACAUUCCGUACGACCUGGGUCUCCAGAGGAUCUCGCUUUUAAAAAAAGUGGCUCCAAGUUCUUUGAACUCUUUUACCUACGUUGUACUCGCUGAGUGUCUGAAUGUGAACACAGAAGAAAAAAAGAUGUUACUGUUGGAUUUUGUACAAAGGAUGAGAAUAGAAAAAUUUCUAUCCGGUUACCUAUCUGUUUACGAGCUUCAUAAAACUUAAUCAACGUCAAAACUAUAAUAUUACUGCGCAAAUAUAUGAAACGCUUAUAUGAAACUCGCAUGACGUAUAACUUAUUACCUAGUGUUAAUUAUUGUUUUAACUUAAGUUAAUGUUAUUUUUUAUGUUUUUUGAAAUGUUUGUUGAUUUUUAAUAUAUUUUUUUUUUACAAUUACCUAUAUUAGUUUAAU